UGUGGUGUCUUACACAAUAUGUUCACCUGUCUUCUCGGAACUUGGAGGUUACUUGUUCGCUCACUUGUUCACUCAGCUUUUGGUUAUGGAUGCCUUUCGUCUAUGGAUAUUGAUAACUUUCUUCGGAAAGGCCUGUUCCAUCCAUCCAGAAUGUGCCAUAAUUUCUGAGCAUAUUGAAGCUCGGGAGGCCUGCAUCAAGAUACAAAGGACAGAGGAACCACGGAACCAAAGUGAAUGGAUGGGCUGUGAGACGGAUUGGAACGGCUUCCAGUGCUGGCCCCAUGCGGAGCUGGGCCAGGUGGUCAAUCUGUCCAGCCCCAAAAUCCUCCAGCUCCUCACUCAUGCCCAAGGGCAUGGGCAUGUGUUUAGAAACUGUUCUAAGGAUGGCUGGAGUCCAGUAUAUCCUCCAUAUAAUACUGACUUUGAGGAGGAGCCUGAAGAUGAGACGAGCAGCUACUUCUCCACUAUCCGGCGGGUCUACACGGCAGGAUACGCCACCUCCCUCAUCUCUCUCAUCUCAGCUAUAUUCGUGUUUGUUGCGUUCAGGAAGUUCCACUGCACCAGGAACUACAUCCACAUCAACCUGUUUGCCUCCUUCAUCCUGAGGGCAAGUGCCGUCUUUAUCAAGGAUGCUGUGCUCUUCACUGACGAGACAAUGGACCACUGCUUGAUGUCCACGGUUGCGUGCAAGUCUGCGGUGGCCUUCUUCCAGUUCUGCAUCCUGGCCAACUACUUCUGGCUGCUGGUGGAGGGCGUCUACCUGCAGAGCCUGCUGGCGCUGACGUUUGUGUCCCAGAGCAAGUACUUCUGGUGGUACAUCCUCACCGGAUGGGGUGUUCCAUCCAUAGUGCUUACCAUCUGGGUCCUCAUGAGAAACUUCUAUGACAACAGAGUAUGCUGGGACGACCAAGACAACCCUUUCAUCUGGUGGAUAAUCAGGGGGCCUAUAACAGCCUCGCUGCUAGUCAACUUCCUCAUCUUCGUCAAUGUGAUCCGGAUCCUGGUGCAGAAACUCCGGUCCCCGGCCGUGGGAGGCAGCGACACCGGGAACUUUAUGAGGCUGGCCAAGUCGACGCUGUUCCUCAUCCCGCUGUUCGGCAUGCAUUACACCGUGUUCGCCUUCCUCCCCGAGGACACGGGCGAGGACGCCAGAGUCUACAUCGAGCUCGGCCUGGGCUCCUUCCAGGGUUUUGUGGUGGCUCUGCUGUACUGCUUUCUGAACGGCGAGGUGCAGGCAGAGCUGAAGCGGCGGCUGAAGAAGUGGCACACCCAGAGCCGCCUGAGCCCCACGCGCCACCGCAUCACCCUCACCCAGACCUCCAUGCUCCAUGAGAAGACCUUCGCCCCGGGGGCAGUGGCGCCCGACCCACCCAGCGGCUCCUUCGUCUGAGCCCCGCCGGCCCCCGCCGGCCC